AUGAACCCAUCAACAGCGUUGCCUCGCCCAAGGGGUGUGCUGGCACUGGCCACCGUCCUUGGUGUGGUCGUCCUGGUCUCCCUUAUCCUCGACUCCCAGCUCGUCUUCUCAGAGCGCCCCCUGGUCGCGACCACGUACGAGGCUGCAGUGGCCGUGGUCAAGUCUUCCGUCGGUCAGAGCUCGUCAUGCCCCGCCCACUGCCCCUCCGACCCGUUCGUCCAGCCAGGCAUGCUCCACUGGUCCAAGAACGGCAACGACAACGAGACGCGUUGGAUGCCGUUCCCCACCGCCAAGUACCAGUGGGAGGUGAUGCCCGACGCCCUCCACUUGCCACUCAACGACACCAUCCCCCCCGAGGUCUGGCAGAACGCUCCGGAACAGUACACCGCUCGUCUUGAGCGACACGACGACGCGUGGGACUGGAUGCGUAACAGGACCGUGAUCUUUGUUGGUGAGCUCGAGGUUGAGCAGUUGUGUGAGAUUAUCGGCGGCCGCAAGGAGCCAUGGGGCGGGCAUACGGGGGGGCUCUGCUACGUCGAGCGUCUUGACCUGUUGGUCAUGAACUGGUUCAUGUAUGGCAUGGUUGACUCGGAGGGUGGAUGGCCCGAGGGAGAGGCCAAGCCGGCCACGUUUGAGAACCGCAUCAACGAGGUCAUGCUUCCCAAGAUGCGCGAGGCCGGCUUUGGCGGCCGCAAGGUCUCCCUCUCGGUCGUCUCGUCGCUGUUCUGGGAUGACGCUUUCCUCUCCAUCGAGAGGGGCCGCUUGAACAAGGACGUCGGCGAGGCCCACGGAUACCUCUGGAAUGAGAUUGCCUGGCACCGCGGCCGCGUGCGCGAGCUUAUCCAAUUCAUGCGCGGCCUCUUUGGCUCAGACUUGCCCCUCAUGUUCCGUACGCGUCAGCUGCGCCUGCAACACGACCACUUCAAGGUGCUCAGGAUCUUCCAGCUCGACCAAGGUUGCCGUGCUAUCGCCAAGGAAAUGGCCGUGAGGCUGUUCACCUGGGGAGGCAAGCUGGAGGGAUACGACAAGUUUUACGACGACGACCAGCACUAUGGCAAGGGUCCCAACACAUACGUCUUUGGCGACAUGAUGUUCUUUUACCUCCACCGUGCCAUCACCCCCGGAUGCUGGAAGUGCCACCAGUGGGACGACUAA